UGGUGGAAGAGUGGGUUGCUUAGCAACAAUGUGAAGCCGCGCCGCUAAACAUGGCAGUGGAGAUUAGCUAGAGAACUUUACACACAACACGACUAACACAUUAUUCAUUCACUGUGUUAUUAUUUAUAAUUUAAUUUAAUUCAGGAAGUAGGAUCGUUUGUUUGUGUUCAAAAUCAAGUGUAGAUCAGAUUAACAUCUAGCACGCACACCCAAACACAGUCGCUUAGCAAGUUUGCUAGCUAGUACCGUUAAGCUAUCUGGCUAGUUCGCGUCAUCUACAGAAAUACUGCUCCUGGAUUUAUGCACAUCUGAGUCGAUGCUGUUUGUAGAACUAGUGAUUUCUUUCAUAGGCUUUCUGGGGGUCAGAGUGCUAGUAAAAUGAGCGGCUAACUGUAGGCUAGUUUCAGGAUUGUGUUCUUGGACAGUAAAGCACAAUCACCAUGCUCUUGUCUCGGAUGAAGCCAGCAGUGGCUGGUGAAGCAUCCACCAGCUCCAAUGAAAAGAAAAGGAAAAAUAAAACGAAAAAGAUCCCAAGGCUUGAGGAUUAUCUAAACCAAAGAGACUAUCUGGGAGCCCUGACCGUAUUAGAGUUUCAGCGUAAUGGCGGGGUGUCCGUGGAGCACGCAGACCUUUGGAUUGGCUUCUGCGCCUUUCAUUUGGGAGACCACAAGAGAGCAAUGGAGGAGUACAAAGCUCUCACCUUGAGGCCGGAGUGUCCGGUGGAAGUUUGGGUAUAUCUGGGCUGUUCGCUCUUUUUCCUGGGGCUUUAUAAAGAGGCAGAGGAGGCUGCAUUAAAAGGGCCAAAAACUCAGCUUCAGAAUCGCCUACUCUUUCAUUUAGCUCAUAAGUUCAGUGAUGAAAAGAAGCUGAUGGGUUUCCAUCAGAACCUGGAGGACGUGACCGAGGACCAGCUGAGCUUGGCAUCCAUUCACUACAUGCGCUCUCAUUACCAAGAGGCCAUCGAUAUCUACAAACGCAUCUUACUGCAGAACAGAGACUUUCUUGCCCUGAAUGUGUAUGUGGCUCUGUGUUACUAUAAGCUGGAUUACUAUGACGUGUCACAGGAAGUGUUGGCCGUGUAUCUGCAGAGUAUUCCUGACUCUACCAUCGCCCUUAACCUCAAAGCCUGCAACCACUUCAGACUCUACAAUGGCAAAGCUGCUGAGACGGAGUUGAAGAACCUGAUAGAUAUCUCUUCCAGCUCGUUUCAGUUUGCUAAAGAGCUCAUUCAGCAUAAUCUGGUUGUGUUUCGUGGUGGUGAGGGGGCCCUGCAGGUUUUACCUCCUCUGAUUGACGUCAUCUCAGAGGCCAGACUCAAUCUGGUCAUCUACUAUCUCAGACAAGAUGACAUUCAGGAGGCCUACAAACUCAUCAAAGACCUUGAGCCCACCACACCCCAGGAAUAUAUUCUGAAGGGGGUGGUGAAUGCUGCUUUGGGACAAGAUAUUGGAUCGAGGGACCAUUUAAAAAUCGCCCAGCAGUUCUUCCAGUUGGUUGGAGGCUCAGCCAGUGAAUGCGACACAAUACCGGGCAGGCAGUGUAUGGCCUCUUGUUUCUUCCUGCUGAAACAGUUUGAGGAUGUGCUUAUAUAUCUCAACUCAGUCAAGAGUUACUUCUACAACGACGACACAUUCAACUUUAACUACGCUCAGGCCAAGGCUGCCCUUGGAAACUACAGGGAGGCUGAAGAGGUGUUCCUGCUCAUCCAGAAUGAGAAGAUCAAGAAUGAUUACGUUUACCUGAGCUGGUUGUCACGCUGCUACAUCAUGAAUCAGAAGGCUCGACAGGCCUGGGAGCUCUAUCUGAGACUGGAAACCUCAUCUGAUCCUUUCAGCCUUCUGCAGCUCAUCGCAAACGACUGCUACAAGAUGGGACAGUUCUAUUAUGCAGCUAAAGCAUUUGAUGCUCUAGAGAGACUGGAUCAAAACCCUGAGUACUGGGAGGGGAAGCGUGGAGCAUGUGUCGGGAUCUUCCAGCUCAUCCUGGCAGGCCGAGAGUCCAGAGAGACACUGAAGGAGGUUUUGCCGAUGUUGAGAAGCACUGGCAACCCACAAGUUGAGUACAUCAUCCGCAUCAUGAAGAAAUGGGCCAAAGACAACAGAGUGGCUCUCUGAUCGCAUUUACAAAGCAGCUCACACACUGCAGGAGUUCUUCAUGGACAUUUAUGUUUUUGUAAAUGUUUUUUUUUUUUUUUGUAUGUUAUCCUUAUGCUUGUUUAUCUGUCAACAAAAUAUGAGUACAACAGUUCAGAUGCAUCUUAGAAAGAAAAAAAAAACCUUCUUGUGCUCUUAUAUAGUUAAAAUAAAUGCAGCCACACUAUAACAUUUACUUGGUAUUUAUUACAUUAUAUAUAUUUUUUUAUAUUUGCAUAUUUGUAAUAUAUGCAUGUCAAUUAAUGUUUCUGCGAAAUGGACAGUGCAACAAAUAAAGUUUAUAUGUUUCCAAACUUGAGCCUUCAUUUUUUGUCUUGGGAACAAUAAAUGUCUGCUAGUCUUUUAAUUUGAUAGGUUUUAUAAAAUUAUAGAGUGUUACGAAGAUUCAUCUGUUUGAAGAGUUAUCUAGCUUUGGCAUGAUUUUUGUACACCUUUAGAACAAGUGAUAUCAUCUACUAAUGUAAUUAAAUUGAUUUAACCUAACAGAAAUGGAUAUGAUGUUAUACUAUCAAUAAAGAAAUUAUAUUGUACUGUCAUAUUGGUACCACUUUGAAAUAAGGUUCCAUUUGUUCACAAAAGUUGUAUCUGUUCAAUAA